UCUGAUACGCGUCUUGGGGAAGGGGAAACUUCAAUUACAAAUACAAUCCCAAAUCAACAUCUCCAAAACCCUAAAAUUACACACACAAAAUUCGUGAUUUUGUAUCUAUUCAUCACAAGUCUCUUCAAUUCGUCAAAUGGGUAUAAUCAGAAGCACCUUCCACUUCAUGCUAGGCACAGUUUGCGGAGUCUACGUGGCCCAAAACUACGACGUGCCGAACAUUCAUAAGCUUUACAAAACAGGGCUCGUGAUCGCGAAGCACUAUGAGGAGAAUUAUCGAAAACCGAAGAAGAAAGAGGAUGAGGAUUUGUAGUGUGGUAAUGGGUCUCGGUGGGUUUCAAAUUUUAUGGGGUAGUUUUUAUAAAGUUUAGAUCUUUUUGUGAAAUUUUAUAUAUUAUAUGAUAUAUGAUGAAAGAGGUUGAUGAUGAGAUAUGGGUUAGUUUUAGUUGAAUCUUGAUUGUUGAAGAAUUGAAUGAUUUGAUAUUUGAUCACUUUUCGAUUUCUGGCUAA